GUUUUCCUGGUAAAGUUUUGUUAACCGAGAGAUCAGAGCCUUUCAAUGAAUCCUGUCCGCACAUAUCCUCUCCAGAUAUUGAAAUGUGUUAUUCUGAGAAUGAUCUCGGGCCAGCACAUGUGGACUGUUAUGCUGAGUUUCUAAGUGCAUAUGCAUCAUCCAUCACACUUUGGAAGAAUAUCAAAGUUAUUAUCGAGGGUGAUACAGAAGAGCCAGGCAUGAUCUUUGAGGGAGCAUGGAAGUCGACGUGCACCUAUUUGUGGGCUCCUAUUCAGGAGGGAUUCAAAGUACUCACAACAUUGCAUCCAAUUCAAAUUUUCAUAAGUUAAAAUCGCCAGUUACAAAUAGUGAGAGAACUUUCAGAGAUGUGCAACUGUCAGGGGCUCGUGCUACAGAUUCUGCAAGGGUUAGAAGGUUCACAAAGGAAUUGUCGGGAUCAACUAUCAUAUUAGAUACUUUGCGUGGGUUAGCUUGGAGCGGCAUACCACCCUACAUGCGUCCUGAUGUGUGGCGGAUCCUUUUGGGAUAUGCACCACCUAAUUCAGAUAGAAGGGAGGCGGUUCUGAAGAGGAAACGACUCGAGUAUGUAGAAUGCAUUUCACAAUGUUAUGAUAUUCCUGAUACAGAACGUUCGGAUGAUGAGAUCAACAUGCUUCGCCAGAUUUCUGUUGAUUGUCCGAGGACUGUGCCUGAAGUCACUUUCUUUCAGCAUGAGGAAGUUCAGAAAUCCUUGGAGAGAAUCCUUUAUACAUGGGCCAUUCGUCACCCAGCAAGUGGAUAUGUUCAGGGAAUAAACGAUCUUGUCACUCCGUUUUUAAUUGUUUUCUUGUCAGAACACCUAGAAGACAACAUGGAUAAUUGGCUGAUUUCGGAUCUAUCCCCAUCAAUAAUUUCUAAUAUUGAAGCCGAUUGCUAUUGGUGUUUAUCGAACUUGCUUGAAGGCAUGCAAGAUCAUUACACAUUUGCCCAACCAGGAAUCCAGCGCCUUGUUUUCAAACUGAAGGAAUUGGUCCGAAGGAUAGAUGAACCUGUUUCAAAACACAUGGAUGAGGAAGGGCUGGAGUUUCUUCAGUUUGCUUUUCGCUGGUUCAACUGUCUUCUAAUUCGCGAGAUCCCUUUCCAUCUCGUUACGCGUUUAUGGGAUACAUACCUUGCACAAGGAGAGUCACUGCCUGAAUUUCUUGUGUACAUAUCUGCCAGCUUUCUUUUGACAUGGUCAGACGAGCUCCUAAAGCUUGAGUUCCAGGAGAUGGUCAUGUUCCUCCAGCACCUCCCUACAGUGGACUGGACCCACCAGGAACUGGAGAUGGUCCUUUCUAGAGCGUACGUGUGGCACACCAUGUUCGGAAGCUCUCCAAACCACUUAGCCUGCUAAAGAUCAGAUCCGUUAAAGAUCCCUGGUAAGUGGUAACCCAAUUGUUUUUUUAUUUAAUUUAUUUUUUCUUUGAAUUUGAAAUUAUUUUCUGUUCUUUGUUUCCAUGUCAAGCCAACCACUGUUUUUUUCUUCAUUGUAUUGUUGUUUGUAUUUGUAUGUUCCAAAACUCCGUUUGUAACACAUCCUAUUCUUUUUAGCAAUGUAUUCAUUUGUUAAAGGAAAAAGAAAAUGCAAUUACAAUA